GGGUGGACAUGAUGUAUGUUUUAGAUACUUUUAAUGAAAGUUUUACUGAUGUUAGUGUUAAAGGAUUUGUACCUCUUGUUUAGUGAAUGCAAUAAUUGUGUGUGGGCGUUAGAUCACGUGACCUAAAGAUGGCUUGGUUAUGGAAUCGAGAUCGCAAGAAGGAGAAGCCCAGUGGAGCAAAGGAAGGUUCACUGUACAAAGAGAAUGCAGAUCAAAUAAAAUAUGAUGUUACUUCUUAUCCUCCUCUUGAUCCUGGUCUUCCUCCUGAUCCUCAUCAUCAGUUCACUAUUGGGUCAAUGGUACGUGUUGAUGUACAAAGAGGUGAUCCAUUUUAUGGUGUAGUACAGUGGAUGGGGACACUGCCUGACUACCCUGGAACAAUAGCUGGAGUGGAAAUGGAGAGACCAUUACGAGAUUGUACUGAUGGUACAUGGCGUGGAAGAAGAUUCUUUACUUGUCCUCUUGGUAAAGCUUACUUCUGUCCAUUGACAGCCCUUAAACAAGACACAAGAUAUAUGGAUGAAGAACAAGUACCAGCACAUAUGAGACAAGAUAUUGAUAACCCAUUAGCAAAGUAUUCACCAGUAACUGAAGAAACUGACACUAUGGCUUCUCCUGCAGAAUUAUUCAAUUUGUACAUUGGUGAUGCACGUGGUAUUCAAGGUCAUCAUAAUUCAUGUUACCUUGAUUCCACUGUGUUUGGAUUAUUUGCACUCUCUAAUUCAUUUGAUGUUUUGUUAUUGGAAGAACCAACUGAAGAGGUUGGAAGAAAAGUUAAAUAUUUCCUUUGGAAAGGAAUUGUUAAUCCUUUGAGAAAGUAUGGAUUAGCAAGAUUUGAGUCAAUAAUGGGAUUGAGAGAUAGUUUAGAAGAAUUUGGUAGAAUGAAAGGAGCCAAAACUGAUGAAAAAGAUCCUGAAGAAUUUCUUAAUCUUUUGUUUAAGGAGGUGCUUCACAUACCUCCAUUUCUCACUAUUAAACGUCCUUUUGGAAUUGAAAAGGAGUAUUUCAUUCAGUUGUUUUUUGAGAUUGAUCCUAAUAAUACUGAAGUACCUAAAACAGAGAAACUGAUAGCACAAAUGUUUCAUGAACAAAACAUCUCAUUCACUAGAGUUCCUUCCAAACUGUUGCUUCAGAUGCCACGUUUUGGUAAAGAAUUCAAAAUGUACAGCAAAAUAAUUCCAUCACUGACACUUGAUGUGAAACUAUUAAUGGAUCCCAGUGCUAGAGGUGGUCAAAAGUGUAAAGUCUGUUUAAGAGAUUCAGUAUCUUUUGUUUGUUACAAUUGCCCAGAAGUAUUCAAUAGUACUGAUUACUAUAUUUAUUAUUGUUCUAAGUGUAAUGAAAGACUGCACAGAGAACGUAAAGGUCAUCGUGUAGAAGCUGUCAAUAUCAAGCUGGGAACCAGUGAUGCUAACAUUUUGUCAAAGAUGGAGUUGCUGUCAGUGAUAUGUAUUGAGACCAGUCAUUAUGUGUGCUACACUAGAGCAGGAGAUAAAUGGCUGUUUCAUGAUAGCAUGGCUGAUAGAUUACAUGAUAUGUACAAUGUUCCUAGAGUGGUUGAUGUUACUGCUGGGUUACAGGAGUGGAUCUAUUCCCCUACUGCUAGUGAGGAUCAACUGAUGAAUACUCCUGCUAGAGAUAUACCAGAAUAUGUUCGUAUAUUCACUCAAGAUAUUUACAUGUGUGUAUAUGUUAAUCCUGACCUUGAUAUGUAUGGUGACAAUGAUCCUGAACAGUCGUUUUCACCCAAUAAUUAUUAUUGACUUUUUAGCAUAAUUACUUUAUAAUUAUUAUUUUUAUGCAUUAUUAAUUUACCGGCAACCCUUCCCACA